UUAUUAUUUUCUUCAGAUGAUGAAGAUGAAGAGGAGAAAUCUGCAGAGAAGGAGGACGUCGACUUGGGAGACAGAGUCGCCGACAGCAGUGAGGAGGAGGAUGAUGAUGAUGAGGAUGUUGCAGAAGACGGGAGCGAUGAGGCGAGCGACUCAGACUCGGAGGCGGAGUCCGGGCUGGACUCGGAGGAGGACAGUGACAGCGGGCCGGAUUUGGCCAGAGGGAAGGGAAACGUCGAGACGAGCUCAGACGAGGACGAUGAAGACGAGGUGGAGGCCCUCCUGAAGAAGGAGGAAGAGGAGAUCGAACACAACUGGGGCGAGCUGUGUAAGGACGCUCCGCGGAGUGACGAGGUUUCCGCCCGGCUGGCCGUCUGUAACAUGGACUGGGACCGGAUGAAAGCCAAAGACCUGCUCGCUCUGUUCAACUCCUUCCUCCCUAAAGGAGGAGCUGUGCUGUCGGUCAAGGUAUACCCGUCAGAGUUUGGAAAGGAGCGUGUGAAGUCAGAGGAGACCCAGGGACCGCUGGAGCUGAGAGCUCUGCCCGACGACUCGGACAACGACACCGAGGAGGAGAAGGUUUACAGGGAGAAGAUGCGGGAUUACCAGUUCAAGCGUCUGAAGUAUUACUACGCCGUGGUGGAGUGUGACUCUGUUGACACGGCGGCUAAGAUCUACGAAGAGUGUGACGGCUACGAGUACGAGAGCAGCUGCUCAGUCCUUGACCUGCGGUUUAUUCCUGAUGACGUCCAGUUCGACGAGGAGCCCAAAGACGUGGCGACGGACGUGAAUCUGUCGGCUUACACGCCAAAAGUGUUUACCUCAUCAGCCACCACGACGUCAAAGGUUCAGCUGACGUGGGAUGAGACGGACCACGAUCGAGUGACCGCCAUGAACAGAAAGUUCAACAAAGAGGAGCUGCUGGACAUGGAUUUCAACGCCUACCUGGCCUCCUCCAGCGACGAAGAAUCUGAAGAGGAGAGAGAGGAAGGAGGGUUUGUGUUUGGAGAGCAGGAGAACGAAGAAGACAACGAGGACGACAACGCGACAGACGCCAAACAGACUGAAGAGCCGGUCUUGAAGGUGGAGAAGAAACCCCAGAAAGAGGACGAGAAGAAGAAGAAGAAGAAGAAGAAGAAGAGCGGCGAGGAGCAGAUCUCUAAGUACCGAGAGCUGCUCAAAGGAAUCCAGGACAAAGAGAAGAAGCUGCAGGAGGACAAAGACAUGGAGAUGGAGAUCACCUGGGUGCCAGGUCUGAGGGAGACGACGGAGCAGCUGGUGAAGAAGAAGAUGGAGGGGAAGGACAACCUGACGCCGUGGGAGGAGUUUUUAGAGAAGAAGAAAGACAAGAAGAAGCAGAAGAAAAGUCAGAGGAAACAGGGAGAGAGUGACGAUGAGCUCAGUGAGGACGAGCUUCCUCCAGACGUCGAUCUCAGCGACCCCUUCUUCGCAGAGGAGCUCGCUGCUUCAGACGUGAAGAAGCAACAGAAGAAGAAGAAGAAGAAGAGGGAGGAGGAGGAGCGCACCGCUGAGGAGGAAGAAGAGCUGGAGAAACAAAAGGCGGAGAUGGCCCUGCUGAUGGAGGACGAGGGCGACGAAGCCAAACACAAACACUUUAAUUACGAUAAGAUCGUGGAGCAGCAGAAUCUGAGCCAGAAGAAGAAGAAGCUGCUGAAGAAGAAGGGGGAGCUUCAGCAGGAAGACCAAUUCCAGGUGGAUGUGAAGGACCCUCGUUUCCAGGCCAUGUUCACCUCCCACCUCUUCAACCUGGACCCCCACCCCAGCUACAAGAAGACCAACGCCACGCAGAGCAUCCUGACGGAGAAGCAGCGCCGCAGAGACGAGGAGCAGCGGCGCCUGGAGGACGGGCUCAGAGAUCAGGGGGAGGGAGCCGACAGGAAGCAGGUGGCGGGGAAGAAACGGGAAAAGGACCGUGACGCCGCGGCGGCGGUCGACCUCACCUCGAAGAAAGCGAUGGACCCGAGUCUGUCUAUGCUCGUCAAGUCGAUUAAAAGCAAAACGGAGCAGUUUCAGGCUCGCAAGAAACAGAAACUGGUGUAGGUGGAACUCUCAACACAAAAGUGUGCAGACCGGCAGAGACUGGGAGAAGUCCCAGCCUGCAGGAACAGUUUCUCCUGAUGAACUCUACUUCCUGUUUGAUGUUUUUAUACAGAAAGAGACGCCACAAAGUAGAAGAAGGUGCAGGAAAAAGUGAAUGGUGCUGCAUCACAUGCUGUGAGAAUGUUUUAUUUGGACAGUUUCUUCACACA